AUGGCGGUUCCCAGAUCAGAAGAACAGAAGAAACAAAACUGUUUCAUCUUGGGUGCGUCUGGAGAAACUGGGAAAAUAUUGCUACUUGAAAUCUUAAAGCAGCAAAAAUUCUCUUGUGUGACCCUCAUUGGCAGCCAAAAGCUAAAUUUAGAAGGGACUCUUUACAGUAAUGUGGUCCAAGAAGUUGUUGACUUUGAGAAGCUAGAUGAAUCUGCUGCUGCCUUCCAAGGACAUGACGUAGGAUUUUGCUGCUUGGGGACAAGCAGAGCCAAAGCUGGAGCGGAUGGAUUUGUGCGUGUUGAAUGUGAUUAUGUUGAACAUGCAGCAAAGCUAGCCAAAGCCGGUGGCUGCCACCACUUUAUCCUAGAGUCAAGCAAAGAUGCAGAUAGCUCCAGCAGAUUCCUCUAUCUGAAGACCAAGCAACAGAUGUUGCCUUGUCAAGAAGUUUUGUUUCUUAAAGACCAAGACUUCAAACUACAAAGCAACGAUGCUGUAAGAAGAAAAGAAAAAGAUCUCUAUUGCAGAGGAAGGGAUCUAUAUUCUCUCAACGACUGUUAUGAGUAA